AAAGGCGGCGCGCGGGCGGCGCGGCCUCUUUUAACAGCCACCGCGCGAGCUCAGGGCCAGGGGAGCUGGAGUCAUCAUCACAUCGAAUAAAACAUGGGUUUUGGAGACCUCAAGUCCGCCUCCGGCCUGAAGGUGCUUAACGACUACUUGGCGGAUCGGAGCUACAUCGAGGGGUAUGUUCCAUCUCAAGCUGACAUAGCUGUGUUUGAAGCUCUUGAUGCUCCACCUUCUGCUGACUUCUACCAUGCACUCCGGUGGUACAAUCACAUCCUGUCCUAUGAAAGUACAAAGUCUUGCCUUCCAGGUGUUAAGCAGCCUCUUGGUAAAUAUGGCCCACAAAAUGUAGCAGAUACAACACCAGCAAAAGCUGUGGAAGAUGAUGAUGAUGAUGACAUUGAUCUCUUUGGUUCUGAUGAUGAGGAGGAAAGUGCAGAGGCCAAGAGGAUCAAGGAAGAGCGUCUAGCUCAAUAUGAAGCUAAAAAAUCCAAAAAGCCAGCGCUCAUUGCUAAAUCAUCUAUUUUGCUGGAUGUGAAACCAUGGGAUGAUGAAACUGACAUGUCCAAAUUGGAAGAGUGUGUACGUUCAGUGACAAUGGAUGGCUUAGUUUGGGGUUCCUCCAAACUAGUUCCAGUGGGCUAUGGCAUCAAGAAGCUACAGAUUCAGUGUGUAGUUGAAGAUGACAAGGUGGGAACAGAUAUGCUGGAAGAAACUAUCACUGCAUUUGAAGAUUACGUGCAGUCUGUUGAUGUGGCAGCCUUCAACAAAGUGUAAAACAGCAACUAAUGAACAUUUAAUAAAAAUUGGCAUAUCCAGAA